UGAAAAAAAGGGUAAGCCAAACACCCCCUUAGUUUCCGCACCUCUCACGUCUCUACAAUCCCAAACGGAUCUCAUCCUUCUGCUCCUCCACUCUCACUCUCUCUCUCCCAAACAACAAUGAGCGAUCUCAAAUCCAAGUUUCUCCAAGUGUACUCCACUCUCAAAUCGGAGCUGCUCCACGACCCUGCCUUCGACUUCACCGACACAUCCCGCCAAUGGGUCGAGCGAAUGCUGGACUACAAUGUACCUGGAGGAAAGCUCAACCGAGGCCUCUCAGUUAUUGACAGCUACAAGUUGCUAAACGAAGGAAAGGACCUUUCCAGUGAAGAAGUUUUUCUUGCAUGUGCGCUUGGGUGGUGCAUUGAAUGGCUUCAAGCAUAUUUUCUUGUUCUUGAUGACAUUAUGGAUAACUCUCACACACGCAGGGGUCAACCUUGUUGGUUCAGACUGCCAAAGAUUGGUCUCAUUGCUGUCAAUGAUGGUUUGCUGCUCCGCAAUCAUAUACCUAGAAUUCUCAGAAAACAUUUCAGGGGAAAGCCUUACUAUGUGGAUCUGCUGGAUUUAUUCAAUGAGGUAGAAUUUCAGACUGCAUCUGGACAAAUGAUUGAUUUGAUCACGACACUUGAAGGAGAGAAAGACUUGUCAAAGUAUUCAAUGCCUCUUCACCACCAGAUUGUUCAGUACAAAACUGCUUACUACUCAUUUUACCUGCCAGUGGCAUGUGCACUGCUAAUGUCAGGCGAGAAUUUGGAAAAUCAUGUUGAUGUAAAGCACGUACUCGUUGAAAUGGGAACCUAUUUUCAAGUGCAGGAUGAUUACCUGGACUGUUUUGGAGCUCCUGAGGUGAUUGGUAAGAUUGGAACUGAUAUUCAAGACUUCAAGUGUUCUUGGUUGGUCGUAAAAGCAAUGGAACUCUCCACCGAGGAACAGAAAAAGUUGCUACAUGAGAACUACGGGAAAGAUGAUCCAGUUUGUAUAGCAAAAGUGAAGCAACUUUACAAUGAUCUCAAUCUUCAGGGCGUGUUCGCAGAAUAUGAGAGUAAGAGUUAUGAGAAACUAAUCAACUUGAUUGAAGCUCACCCGAGCAAAGCAGUGCAAGCCGUGUUGCAAUCAUUCCUGGCCAAGAUAUACAAGAGGCAGAAGUAGGAAAAGUUGGCCGAAAAACUGCAUGGAAUUUCCGGCAGAUUAGGGUUGUAUCCUCCUAAAUCCUAAUGGAGAGAAAGGGUGAUGCCUGUACUCAAUGAAACUGGCCUUCUUGCUUUGCCUUCCUUGUAUCUCUGGCACUAUACAAAAAAAGGAUGCUAAUUGCUGUAUUUUUUGCUGUAGUUUUGCUUUCCUUGUAGUUUUUGCUUUCCCUGCAUCAUAUUUAGGGUUUUCUUUCUUCUUUCUGUAGCUUUUAGUUGCUUACUCACCUCUUGCAAUUUUAUCCAAAUCUUCCCAGAAGCUCGGGAUUGUUGCUUUCUUCAA